AUGGCAACUUUGUUUGCGCCAGAUAUGAUCCAAAGGCAGAAUGAGCAAAUCAGAAUGAUCAGACAUAAAAAAAAGACUGCGCAAAAUAGGCAAAAGAGCUAUUAUGAUAGAAGGCGGAAGCCAUUGGAGUUUCAGGUGGGUGACCACGUAUUUUUGAAGGUCUCACCUGUAAUCGGAGUGGGGAUAGUUCUAAAGUCUCGGAAGUUGUCUCCAAAGUUUAUUCGGCCGUUCGAAGUGCUGAGUAGAAUUGGUCCUGCUACAUAUCGGAUUGCGUUGCCUUCGAACCUCUCGAAUCUAUAUCCGAUGUUCCAUGUGUCACAGCUUAGGCAAUAUGUGCCGGAUUCUUUCCAUGUGAUUGAUCUUGACCCGAUUCAAGUAAGAGAAGACUUGUUGUAUGAUGUGUACCCGGUGAGGAUUGCGGAUCACCGUGUUAAGCAAGGACAUCUCAUUAGUGAAGGUAAUAUGGAGCUCGAGUGA